AUGGCUACCGAAGCGCCUCCGAAGCCGAUUGAGACGGAACCCUCUCCAAUAGAAUCCAAUGAUGAUAUCAUUCGGGGUCUAUUUGUCCUUAUGGGAAGAUAUUCCUCAAGCGAUGCGUUCAAGAAGCUCAAGACCCUUGACAAAGAUGUCGAGAUGCUGAGACGCGAGGUCAUCGAUCUUCGUAUCACGAACAAAAGAAACUUGGAAGGGUAUCUACUCGACCGUGGUGAGUGGGACAAGGAGAGAGACAGUCUGAUUACGCAGCUUAAGGACCACGAAGACCGACGAACCCAAGAGCUGCGGGAGAGCGAGGAACGACGAAAUCAGGAGAUGUUGGCGAGACAAGAUGUUGAGAAACAGCUCGAAGAGGAGCGUGCCAUUAGUCAAAAUCAACGGGAUGAGAUUAGUGGUCAUGAAUCAAGCAUUCAGAAGCUGAUUGAUCAGACGAAGGGGCUUGAAACUGAAAUCAAUGCCCUCACCGCAAAGGACCAGGAACAGAAAGAUGUUAUUGAUAAAGAGCUGAAAGAAAAGGCUGAGCUUCAGGAAGAGCUGAAGCGUGUCAGCGAGCAGCUGGACAAGAGGACCGACAGGCUGUCCGAAGUAUUGGACUUGGUUGAAAUGUAUGAAGGCUUCACGGUGCAACUGAGCCCUCUGAACGACAAGAAAGCCCAAGUGCAAGGCGCGCUUGCAGACAUGUUCAAUAGUUCUUUGGACUAUUUCGAGCGGUCACUGGGCCAAGAGGUCGAACCUGAGGUCCUUACGCGGAAUGUCUCCCAAGAUUUUGCGUCGAGUCGCAUAUCCCUACCACUCCCAGCGACGAACACAAAUGAUGCUCGACGAAUGAGAAUAGUAGCCGGCCUCAUGGCAUUUGGAAAAGCACUUGCCAAUCAUGUGUUUCGGCCUACCCUCAUCACUCGGGACCACGAGCUGGAUGGGGUGUUACACCUUACUGGGGGGCGGAAUCCAUCCCAGGAGACCUAUAUUCGUUCUGUACUCUUAAAGGCGAUACCAGAGCGGCACCAGCAGAAUGAACAGGAAUCCGUGGACCUAGUCACCAAAAAUGUACUCGCAGUAGUUGGACAAUGGCUACUCGACGAAUCGGCAUUUAUAUCUGGGCUACGGUCUCUUUGCGACAAGGCCACCAAAACAUGGGCCCUCGUCCAGUACCUGGAAGCCAAAGUAUGGCUUGACUUCAGUUUCCGCGUGCCUGGCGACUGGGUGCCUGUGCCAUUCCCGGCAUCUCAGGCGCCUCCCGCCACCGCCUGCAAACCGGGGAACCACAAACCCACACCGCCGCAGAAGAAGUCGCAAGGCCAGCAGGGGGAUCUGCCCAAGGGAAGCCCCAAGUCCAAUGGGCUUAGUAAAAGCGAUGUGGCGAGAGUUGUAUGGCCGGCGUUUCUUGUGGUUGACUGUGAAGGUCUUGACGAUGAUGUUGAUCCUACACAGGAUGAGUUGCUGUAUCAGGGGUAUGUCUUGACGCAGGCGCAGAUACGGGGUGCGGAGGACGAGGCCGCGGAGAGUUUGCAGAGGAGUCCGCCGAGGCCGAGGAAGAGACGUACUUCGGUUUCUCUUGUCUCGAAUGGGAGCUUGACCGGAUCGACUGCCACGUGA